AUGGAGAUCCGGAUAAUCCACUGGAGUGGCCAAGCUCCUACAAAUGGGGAAUUGUGGCAUUGUUAUCUUUCAUGGGCUUCACGAUGUACAACAUUCACGUGCAUCUCAAUCGCCCCGAUAGCAGGGUAUAUAGUCGACGAUCUGAAAGGUGGCCCACAGUCUCCGGGGUCAAAGUCGGCCACCGUCAUCCUCGUCACUAUUUGGGAGCUGGGCGAGUCAGUAGGGCCUUUCUUCAUUGCCCCCUUGUCUGAAAUGUUUGGACGUUAUCGUGUGUAUAUGGUCAUGAACACCAUGUUCAUCAUAGCCAUUGUGUUUGCAGCUUUGUCGCCUAAUACAGGACUACUCCUCACCUCACGCGCUUUGAUGGGCAUCUCGGUGGCAUCGAACGUGCUCAACCCUGCGAUCAUUGGCGACAUGUUUAUUCCUGAGCAAAGAGGAACUGCCAUUACUAUGAUCAUGUUCAUUCCGCUGGCUGGUGCGACCGUCGGUCCAGUUAUCAGUGGUGCCAUCUUGCAGGUACUGGGCUGGCGCGCUAUUAUGUGGAUUAGCGUGGCAAUGGCAGCCAUUUGUCAGGUGUUGUUUUUGAAGUUCUUCCAGGAGACUUACCAGGUGCAAAUUCUCAGUCAAAGGGCAGCUAGACUGAACCAGGAGAUUGGAGCAUCAGAAAAGAACUCACAUAACAGGAUAGAUUGGACCGGCUUGCGGAGUUCAGCCAUACGCCCGGUGGUGGUUCUGUGCAACUCGGGUGUUAUAGGGGCUCUUUUGUUGUUUGGUUCUUUCGUUUUCUCUCACUUCUAUAUUGUCACUACCACACUUCCCGAUAUACUCAGGAAUGUAUAUGGAUUAUCGCCUACUGCAACAGGGCUCGCAUUCACCGCGAACGCCGUUGGCACCCUAGCCAGCUUUGCGAUAUCGAAAGUCUUGUUGGACAGGCUUUACAUCAAGCUCCGCUCCUUGAAUAAUGGGAAAGGUCUACCUGAAUACCGCCUGCCGCUUAGCAUCAUCGGAGGAUUGACGCUUCCCCCUGCCGUGAUACUAUACGGCUGGUGUGCUGAGUACAAGCUCCCAUUGUUUGUUCUGCUAUUUACAAUGGUCUGGCUUCGGACUUCCAUGAUGCUAGGGAUAUCGCCUUUGACGGCGUACAUUGUGGAUUCAUGUGGUAUUUAUUCAGCAUCCGCAAUAGCUAGCCUUGUGUCGGCCCGGUGCUUAGCUAGCGCGGUUUUACCUCUCUCGAUGUCGCGUUUGACUAGCAGACUAGGCUACAGUGGAGGAUUCUAUGUGCUUGGGGGCCUUGGCCUUGCUUCUACUCUCCUUCCUAUACUCAUUUACCGGCAUGGUGAAAAAUGGCGACGACGGUCGUGGUAUACUUCGAGUAUCUCACAAAGCAGAUGA